AGAUUACCAGCGGCUGAACUGUAAACACCAGGAACCAGGGAGACGUCUAGAUCUUGGGAUGGAAACAUAAGGCUAACCUGAAAGUGUCUAACCAAAUAUUGUUCUUCAGUGCAAGGACACAAAGCCAAUGCGCAGGGCCACCAGUGCACGUCAGGACGCCACUGGAAUGGACAUCACCAGCCGCUGUACUCUGGGGGACCCCAAUAAGCUCCCUGAAGGGGUCCCCCAGCCAGCACGGAUGCCUUAUGUGUCAGACAAACACCCGCGGCAAACCCUGGAAGUGAUCAACCUGCUGAGAAAACACCGGGAGCUUUGUGAUGUGGUGCUGGUGGUGGGCGCCAAGAAGAUUUAUGCUCAUCGUGUCAUCCUGUCUGCCUGCAGCCCUUACUUCAGGGCGAUGUUUACUGGAGAGCUGGCAGAGAGCAGGCAGACUGAGGUGGUUAUCCGGGACAUUGACGAGAGAGCCAUGGAGCUGCUCAUUGACUUUGCCUACACCUCACAGGUGACUGUAGAGGAGGGGAACGUCCAGACGCUGCUCCCUGCUGCCUGCCUCCUCCAGCUGGCUGAGAUCCAGGAGGCCUGCUGUGAAUUCCUCAAGCGACAGCUGGAUCCAUCCAACUGUCUGGGCAUCAGGGCUUUCGCCGACACACACUCCUGUCGAGAACUGCUCCGGAUCGCUGACAAAUUCACACAGCACAAUUUUCAAGAGGUGAUGGAAAGUGAGGAGUUCAUGCUGCUUCCUGCCAACCAGCUGAUCGACAUCAUCUCUAGUGAUGAGCUGAACGUGCGAAGUGAGGAGCAGGUUUUUAACGCUGUGAUGGCCUGGGUCAAAUACAGCAUCCAGGAGCGCAGACCUCAGCUGCCUCAGGUCCUGCAGCAUGUUCGCUUACCGCUUCUCAGCCCCAAGUUCCUGGUGGGCACUGUGGGUUCAGAUCCUCUCAUCAAAAGUGACGAAGAAUGCAGAGAUCUGGUGGAUGAGGCGAAGAAUUACCUUCUGCUGCCACAAGAAAGGCCAUUGAUGCAGGGACCCCGAACACGACCAAGGAAGCCAAUCCGAUGUGGAGAGGUUCUUUUUGCAGUGGGUGGUUGGUGCAGCGGAGAUGCCAUUUCCAGUGUGGAGCGCUACGACCCUCAGACCAACGAGUGGCGCAUGGUAGCAUCGAUGAGCAAACGGCGAUGUGGAGUUGGUGUCAGCGUCCUGGAUGACCUGCUGUAUGCAGUGGGAGGUCACGACGGCUCGUCAUAUCUCAACUCUGUGGAAAGAUACGAUCCUAAGACCAACCAGUGGAGCAGCGACGUGGCCCCCACCAGCACCUGUCGAACCAGUGUGGGGGUUGCUGUUCUUGGUGGUUAUCUGUACGCUGUGGGGGGACAGGAUGGAGUUUCUUGUCUCAACAUUGUUGAAAGGUAUGAUCCUAAAGAGAACAAGUGGACACGUGUCGCCUCGAUGAGCACCAGGCGACUUGGUGUAGCUGUCGCUGUGCUCGGAGGAUUUCUUUAUGCUGUUGGAGGGUCUGAUGGGACUUCUCCUUUAAAUACAGUGGAGCGCUACAACCCUCAAGAAAACCGCUGGCACACCGUGUCGCCUAUGGGAACCAGGAGGAAGCACCUCGGCUGUGCGGUGUACCAGGACAUGAUUUACUCUGUUGGAGGGAGAGACGACACCACGGAGCUGAGCAGCGCAGAGAGAUACAACCCCAGGACCAACCAGUGGUCCCCUGUCGUGGCCAUGACGUCCAGGCGGAGCGGGGUGGGCUUGGCAGUAGUGAACGGUCAGCUGAUGGCAGUAGGAGGCUUUGAUGGAACAACGUAUCUGAAAACUAUAGAAGUUUAUGAUCCGGACGCCAACACGUGGAGGUUGUAUGGAGGAAUGAACUACCGGCGGUUAGGUGGAGGAGUGGGCGUCAUUAAAAUGACUCACUGUGAAUCUCAUAUAUGGUAACACCACCUGUGACCCCUCCCUCCUGCUCACCUGCGUUCACUCCUCAUCACGUUGCAGCGGAUUUCUCACCACAGGAGAUGAAGUGAUGCCAGUGAGGACGAGAGCAUUAUGGGAACGGAAGGAAAGACGGAAACAGACUUACGGACUUAUCGUCAACCUCCACCUAAAGGUCGUUGUUUUUUUUACCCAGGACGUCUUCACUGACUGACCAACUCACCACGAAGUGCACGGGGAGCUGAAGUUGACUCACCAUUAAGCUUCCAAGUCUGAAGGGAACACCCCAUGCACUCUUAUUUUCAUCAUUCAAGCCUCGGGGUCAGCAUGCGUACCAGAUGGAGCGCACCACGACUGUUAUUGCUGCUGGGGGGUGGGGGUUCAGAGGGUCUAAGAAGUCUGGAAACACGACUUCAUUAGAAGAAGGCUGACUUUUUAACGCCAUCUACCAAAACACAAA